AGCAAUUACUCGCAAGAAACCAAGCGGCCUUAUAUUUAGUACUGUACUAUCUACAAUUGGGCAUGUCUCCUUCUGAAGCCUACAGAGAUCCUAAAUUUAGGGUCUUUAGAUUCCCAAAUUCCUUCCAUUCGCACCACACUGUCACGUCCCAAUUUCCUCAUCCUUCAACAUCACCAGAUCUUCAAGCUUCCCUUUCUUGAUGUCUUCGCAUGAUGUCAACUUAUUAUGUGGUUAUCUGUAGCCACGGGUACUUAUCAUCUCAAUACAGAAAGUCUGUAAAAACUCCAUCGGUCGCUAGCUCACCUUCGUGGACUAGAGGUUGCCCGACGCCACGAUGAGCAUCGUUAUCGAUUUUCCGCAUCUGCCUCUACACUCUGGCCUCUACGAGCAAGAAGGCAAGAUGAUAUCAACUAUGAUCAUCGACGAAUGACAUGCGGCAAAGAAGGAGAAUACGCAACUCAACCAAGCCAUUCGUUGAUAGAAGUACGGGCAUGCAUUCAUGCUCACCGGAGCACCGGUUUUCAACACAUGGUGUGACAUCGCUGGUCAGCUUAUGCUACUCCCUAAUGGAGUCCCAUUUGUGAACCUCAAACACCACAGCGAGCUUGUCGACAGCCCUGCUUCUAGUCAGUCGGACACGCCCAGUAAGAAAGAAUCAGCGAUCUUGAAGAUGAUUCUGGCGUCGAUGACAGCCGGGAGACCCAAGGAGAUCCUGCAACUGCCACCAAUCCGAUAUCACGAAAUGAGAGCCAGCACUCAGGCCGAGCCAUUUUCUAUCAUCGGGAUCGAGGCCUGGACUACAGAGGGACAACAUCUCCUUCGAUACGCCAGGCAUAAAAGCAAAAGAAGACUCGCGUUCAUGGGAUUGGCUUUGUUACAAAAAAAACAGACAGAGGCAAAAGGAUCACUUCUUCGCAUUGCCACUAACAUCGCCGAUGGCCUCCCAGCUGACAACAUGCCUUCGACAAAACAGAUACAGCCACGGCGUUACCUUGGGGCUUUAUUUAAAGAAGACCUCAAACAGCUGAACAGCUACAUCAAAGGCGAGAUUCAGGAAAAGAGGAAGAGGUAGCAAAGUUUACACCCAGGCCCCAAUAUAGCAGCAAUCAACGCUCAUCUUGGUACAGAUUGGGGCCUCAUCCAUCAUCAACACUAAAAAAGAAGAGGAAGAAAACUCCAAAAGACCACUCUCCGAGAGGAGCAAAACCCAGAUCACAUACUCCGUACAAAUAUCUUCAGUUACGAUGCAGAGGGCGAUAACAAGGAAGAAGACCUCAGCCUAGAGGGCGACGGGAGUGAGGAGGACGAGCCAAACUUCAAGCAGGGAGGUCGUGUUUCAUCAGGUUGACCGUACGGAAAGAUAUUUGACCAUCAACACUUAUCGCUUGCUAAUAUUCGUAUGUAUCCCGCGCAAAUAAAAAGAAACAGAUCUAGGUAGUUACUUGAAAGGGGGAAAAACCGAUACUCGCUCAUCUUCCAAGCCUUGUAUGUAGUAUCAUUGCGCAUAUCUCAUUAUAUCCAGCCAUUACAUCCUCUCACAACAUGAUAUACAUGCAUCUCAAAAUGCAUUGCCACCCACUACUCUC